ACUGAAACACUGACUACAUGUGCCUUGCGUCUUGUCACGUAACCUGGUCACGCGAAGGGAGAUCGAAAGUUCCCUGAACAAGAGCUCUAUAAGAAAAUCUCAAGUUAAAUAAUACUUUUUCGAAACAUUGCAUUUCAAGAAUUUGUAGGAGAGGGGUAAAUUUUUUUUUUAGAAUACCGCACCCUUCAGAUCGCCUUGACCCGCGUCUAGUUCAAGAGGCUUUUCAGUAACCUCGCCUUUAAACAACUAAGAUGGCGGCCUCAGCACCUCCAGCAUACCACGAUGUUGUCUCUCCCGAAGAGGCUAGCUCUUUCAGAAGUUCUGUGCCAGCAACACAAGUUGAACUGCAUAUUUCUUGCAGGAAUCUCGCUGAUAUGGACGUUUUUUCAAAGUCGGACCCAAUGGUUGUGAUGUAUACUCAAGGAAUGGGAAGUAAAGAAUGGAGAGAGUUUGGGAGAACAGAGCACAUAAUGAAUACACUUAAUCCAGACUUUGUCAAGACAUUUACCAUCCACUAUUUCUUUGAGGAAAUGCAGAAGUUACGGUUUGAAGUGUAUGAUCUGGAUAAAAAUUCUGCCAAGUUAUCAGACCAUGAUUUCAUUGGAGCAGCUGAGUGUACACUUGGAUCUAUUGUGGGAGAAUUUGGUGGAAGGCUUCAAAAACAAUUAGUAAAUCCAAAAUUGAAAAAACCUGGAACAAUUAUUGUAAGUGCAGAGGAACUGAGUGACUGCAAGGAUGUGGUAACACUUCAGUUUAAAGGACACAAGCUUGACAAGAAAGACUUCUUUGGAAAGUCGGAUCCUUUCUUGGUAUUUUACAGAUGUAAUGAGGACAACAGCUACACAGCAGUUCAUAGGACAGAGGUUAUUAAGAAUACGCUGAAUCCAACUUGGAAGCCAUUUACUAUCCAUGCCAGAGCACUUUGCAAUGGAGAUUAUGAUCGGUCCAUAAGAGUUGAAUGUUAUGACUGGGACAGGGAUGGCGGACAUGAUCUGAUUGGAAUAUUUUCCACAACUAUCAAUGAACUUAAUAGAACUCCAGGAUUAAGUUUUGAGUGCAUGAAUCCAAAGAAACAAGCGAAAAAAAAAGGUUACAAGAACUCUGGCGCGAUUUCCCUUAUGCAGUGCAAACUAGAGCAGCAACCUUCAUUCUUAGACUACAUCAGAGGAGGAACUCAGAUAAGUUUCACUGUAGCCAUUGACUUCACUGCAUCAAAUGGUGAUCCACGGAAUGCCAACUCCCUGCACUACAUUAACCCCUAUGAACAAAAUCAGUAUGUCAAGGCACUGACUGCUGUUGGUAGAAUCUGCCAGGACUAUGACACAGAUAAACUCUUUCCUGCCUUUGGUUUUGGAGCUCGCCUUCCUCCAACCUGGCAAGUUUCCCAUGAGUUUCCUCUGAAUGGCAAUCCCCAAAAUCCAAUGUGUGAAGGGAUAGAUGGAGUUUUAGCUUCCUACUACCACAGUAUACAGCGAGUGCAACUCUAUGGUCCUACCAACUUUGCACCAAUAAUAAAUCAAAUCACUAGAAUAGCAAGUGCAGCACAAAGGGAGAGUCCUGGGAAAGAAUAUUUUGUGCUACUGAUGUUGACAGAUGGAAUUAUUUCAGACAUGGCUCAGACAAAAGAAGCCAUUGUAAAUGCAGCUUCUCUUCCUAUCUCCAUUAUUAUUGUGGGUGUUGGAGCAGCAGAAUUUGAUGCCAUGGAAGAGCUUGAUGGUGAUACAGUCCGUCUUUCAUCACGCGGGAGAACUGCAGAGAGGGAUAUUGUGCAGUUUGUCCCUUUUCGCGACUACAUUGGACAAGCUGGGAAUGUCAUAAGUGGUGCACGAUUGGCCAAAGAUGUGCUUGAAGAACUUCCAGAUCAGUUUAUUGAGUACAUGAAAAAGCGACACUACAGACCUAGGCCUCCACAAUACAACAUUUCUACUUUGACAGGAGUUUAAGGGGGUUACUGGGGAAGAGAUGUUAACAGGUUUUGCUGUUAAACUGCUGCUGAUAUCGUAACUAAUGUCUCACUAGUAACCAAUCACUUUUGCACGUGCAGAAGCGAACAAAUAAGUAUUAUUCACCAUUGGUUAUACACCAAAUGCAGAAUGAAUUAAAAAAGGUGGCUGACAAUACUGUCUCAAUUUCAUCACAAUGAUACAUAGAGGCAUGUUUUUGAGUUUUUCUAGUUAAUGUUACGGUAUGUAACAGUGUAUUUGUACCACUUCAUUUGGAAUGCCUUACAUUUGUGAGUAAUUUCCAUCUGUUUAAAAUGGUUUAUAAAAUGCUAAAUUUCAUUCAUAUUAUAUUUAAAAUGAGAGAGACCAGAGCGUGAGACUUGAAUAGUGUGAAGUUUCUGAACCUAGCAGACAUGUUAGUCUCAUUUCUGACAAAAGACUGUUCAUUUUUUAUUAAAAAAUAUUUAACAUUCUGUUCAUAUAUACAACUCUGUGUUGAUAAAUAUUCAGUGCAUCAGUCUACAAUUAAACUGAGAAUACUAUUGUAGGUUUUAUAUAAUUGGUGCAAAAGUAAAAAAAAAUUCUAGUUAGCUUGUGGCCAACAGUGAGUAGUGAGCAAAAUUAAUGUCUCUUUAAUGAAAAGCUGCCAGUAAUUUCAUAACUUGUGCCAUACAUUGUAGAAGAUACAAGGUACUUUUUUUGUUAAAAGCACCUCUGAUUUUCUAUUUUUUAAAAUCUUUUAGACUCAAUGUUUGUGUAGUAACUUAAUAAGUCUAAGCAAUAAUUUAUUUCUGUCUAAGCUAGAUUCUAUUACUAGGCAACUGCUCAUUAAACUGAUAAAUGGGUAGUGUAAGGGAGAAACUUUAUACCGCAAUUUGCCCAUGGUAAAAGCAAUCCUCUUACAGGCUUAAAUUAGCAAAAAUGUACCUUUGAUAUGUAACAUGGUUAUUAGUACCUGCUCUUUCCUCAACCACAUAUUUAGAAAUUUGUUUGAUUGUAGAGUGAAAAUUUAGACUGUAUAGUUCUUUGUGUUAAAAAUAAAGCUUGCAAUUCAAGGA